CUGUUUAUUGAUGACUUAUUGAGAUAUUAAUUUUACUCGCUGGCAGCUUCGCGUCACCCAGCAAAAAAAUAAACAAACGUUAAGUUGUCACAUUCGAUCAAAAUUAUAACCGAAAGCAAUAAAAUACAAUUUGUAAUUAAAAUCCGUAUUGGUCAUGUCUCAGUAACAAUUUGAAGUAUAAAGUGUAAUUUUAUCGCAGGUGCUAAAAUGUACCUGUCCCUUUAAGUAUCAAUAGUAGGUGAAGUGCAAAUCAGCAGUAUGAACGACUUUACCCAGCUGGAGAAGACGAUAGUGCGGGAGUUGUCAUGUCGGUUGUGUCUUUGUACGGACGUGGUGAAGCUUAAACCGCUCAGCGUGGAACUUAAGCGGAAGAUCAAGCGACUUUACGGCGUUGUUAUACGAUCGGAUGACACUCUCCCAAAAGCAAUUUGCCAUGACUGCUUACAACUAGUUGGCAUUCAACACUUAUUUGCUGUUAAAGUUGAGAAAACUCAAAAGUUUUUGGAAUUUCGAAAAAAUAAGCUAGCUGAAAAGGCUCACAAACAAAAUACAGAAACAGUAACACACACAGUACAGGCCAAUAAUUUAAACCAAAACGCAUUAGACACCGAAAAAAAGCAAAAAUCAAAGGGAGACGCCCCAUCGGAAUCAGCGCAACACCAAGGUGACUCAAAUAAAGUGAAAACUCUCAAAAAGAAAACACCUCUCGAAAUGAAAUUCAUGGAAUCCAUGCCUUUAGAAGAAUUCGUGCGAACUGAAAACGUCGAUGAAUCAUUACUCAGUAGUACAACAACUGCAAACAGACCGGUGGAAAAAGUCAAAUCGGGUAAAAGGGAUGCUAUUAAAGAUAUAGAGGACAGUACCACAGACGUAUUAGAUCCUAUAGUAAUCGUGGAUGGUCGGCCUGCCAAACAAGGAGCCGCCUUAGACAGGCAAAUAACACUAUUCUACAAGAUGGAAUGCUGUAUAUGCCACCAAAAUGACUUCAAUUAUAGGUCGCUAAUGAAACAUUAUAAAGAAAGACAUGGGGUGCCGGGCUACGUGGAGUGUUGUGACAAAAAGUUUCAUUAUUUCUGCCCUAAGAAGAUUAUCGAGCACAUGGCGUAUCAUCUUCAACCAAACAUAUUCAUGUGCAGCAGCUGCCAUACCAACUUCCAAUCAUCGCAAGAGUUGAUCGAACACCAGAACAACGGCGGCCGGUCGGAGGGCAAGAUCCUGUGCCCGCGAUGUCAGGAGCGGUACCCUACUUACCACGAGCUCGGCUGCCAUAUCAUCUCGCAUCGGGAGGCCAAUAAGCUGCAGUGCGAUUAUUGUGGGAAACUAUUGAAACACCACCACCGAAAGAAGACCGUAAAUCACAUGGAAGACGUCAUACUUUGUUCCACAUGUAUCCGAUCAUUGAGAAAUAUUGAGAAACAAGAGAAAGAAAUCGUGAGUAGGACUUUUCAAAAAGGGUCAAAAAGACAAAAAGAAGCCCAUAACACCAGACAAAGUCACAAUUCAAAAAUAUCAAAAAUUCAAUCAAGCCCUUGGCCUCUCUGGUGACGAAGACGCGUCUACUGACUGAAAUAAACCAUAAAAAACUAAAAAUCGUAAACAUGCAAAAUUUAAAUAUGAAACUCAAGUGUAAUAUAAAUUUUUUGUAAUAAAACUCGUGUCA